AUGAAUAUUCUUCAGUCGAAAUCCUCAUCAAAUGGAAGUUCACACAGAAGAGGUGAAAGAGAGGGUGUGUCAAAUAAGGCACAGUCGAUAAAGUCACAACCCGAAAAGACACCAAAUACAGAUGGGGAUGCUGGAAGCUUAGGGAGCUCUUUGCGUGAUCGGUUAGUGUACCUCGCAACAUGUAAGAUCGGGCACCAUGUGGAAGCACAUCUAAAAAAUGGCACGGUGUAUAGUGGUAUAUUUCAUGCUGCUGAUGUAGAGAAGGAUUUUGGAAUCAUUCUAAAGAUGGCAAGCUUGAUUAGAGACGGUACUUUACGAGGGCCUAAAUCCCGUUAUGAGUUUGUCAGAAAGCCCCCUUCCAAGACCUUCAUUAUUCCUGCAGAUGAACUUGUGCAAGUUGUGGCUAAGGAUCUCUCUAUAUCCAGGGACGCCAGCUUAAAUGUCGUUCAGAGUGAGAAGCUGAUGGAGCUGUUGACAGACUCUUCUAUAUCACAGUCUUCUCAUGUUGAUAUGGGAAGAGAGCUAAAACCUUGGGUACCUGAUGCGGGUGUUCCAGAGCGUCCAGAUUUGGAGAAUGUGGGCUGGAAUCAAUUUAAGGUGAAUGAGAAACUGUUUGGAGUUACGACCACUUUCGAUGAGGAACUCUACACCACAAAACUUCAGAGAGGUCCUCGGACUAGAGAGUUGGAAGAGCAUGCCGUGAGGAUUGCGAGAGAGAUUGAGGGUGAGAACACCCGGGAUCUUCAUGUAGCAGAGGAAAGAGGCCUUCAGCUUAAUGAGAAAUAUGACAUUGACGAGGAAACCAAAUACUCAUCUGUCCGUCCAGCUGAUGUAUUUGAUGAUAGUGGGUUUGACGAGGAGGACGACAAAUUGCUGGAUACUUGCAACGAUCUCACUUUUGGUGGUUCAUCUACUUCUGAUGGCCAGAAGCCAGCUUCUAGUGGCAAGGGCUAUGAAGAAUUACAGGGUGAUAGUCAGUCUUCUCGGAAUAAUACAAAUGUAGACCAAAAGGAAGCCAAAGAAACAAUUUCUCAGGGUGAUAGUCAGUCUUCUCGGAAUAAUGCACAGCCAUCUGUGGAAUCCGUUUCUGGCCAUGAAGAUAACAACGAAGGUGCAAAAUCUGGUGGUGGUGCAACCUCGACGUCGAAGGUGGCUGCUGAGAGAGAAAGUCAAGUCAGUCAAGUUUCUGGUAAAACAAAAUCUGAAAGCUCAAUUGGACAGUCGGCUUCUAGAAGUUCAGAGAGCCGCCCAGCUCCUUCAACGUCAAGUCGUCCUGGACUAUCACCAAGCUCCUCAAUUGGUUCUACGUCCUCAUCAGGAAAGUCCCGUCUAAAUCCGAGUGCACAGGAAUUCAAAUUAAAUCCGAAUGCAAAGAGUUACAUACCAGCGCAACAAGCUGCUCCUGCGCGGCCUCAAUCUCCAAUACCAGAGGCUUCAUUCUACUAUCCUGUACCUGUUCAGCAGCAGAUGCCUGGAAUGCCUUCUGUUGGUUACGGAAUUGCACCACAAUAUCCUGGGCAGCAACCGGUGAUGUAUCAUCACACUCCAACCUAUUAUCCUCCAAAUGUACCAGCCGAGUACCGGCAGCAGCAGGAGCAGAUGAUGUAUGGUCCGCCUAGGCCAGGGCCAGGGCCAGGUGGUUACAUGCUGCCGCCUCCUCCUUAUCAGCCGGGAAUGCCGCCAUAUAACUAA